CUUGCUUCUUUUCUCAUUUUUUUAAUCUGUUACAACUCUCUCACACACACAGACACUGCAAAACUCAUUGUCCUUUUUGUGGAAAUACCAACUCCAAACCCAUUAAUGUCAGAGACCUCACAAAUCCAUCUUCUACAAUUUUAGCACUAGUAAAUGCCUUAUCGAUAUCUGUACAGCCUUUUCAACUACCUCCAUUAGCUUCACUUCAAUCAAUUAUUUUAACCGUAGCCACAUUCAUGUACACAAUCUCUUCUCUUCCCAAAAUUUGUCUCAUGCCUUCUCUGUAGCUAUUUUUCAAUUUUCCUUCGUUUUAUGUUCUCAAUUUUCCGGGAAAAUCUGGACAUUUGCACAGAACUUCUUUGCCGGAGGAAUAGAGGUUGUCCGUUCAUGUCCGUAUGUUUUCCUUUAAUGGCCAAUGGGUUUCUGACCAAGUUGUAAGACUUUUUAAAAAUUUCAUGUGGAUUUUUCGUCCCUUUUUCGUCGUUUACUCAGAUUUGGGUUGUUGAUGCUUGCUGGGUUUUCUUUAAUUUGGAAGUUGUGAAUGAAUUAGUAUACCUUGUGUGUCCGUCCUAUGAGCAUCUGAGAUAGGACUUCAAAUUCUUCACAAAAGACAAAUGUUUACUUGGGUCUGUCCUAGUUCAUUGAAAGAGCAAAAUUUCAAGGUGAAAUCUCUCAUGGGGUUGUUUUUUUGCUGAUUCUGGUUAAGGAACUUUGAGGGUUCUGUCUCUGUUUCGUGUGAACUCUACAGAAUUGUUUUCACUCUAGGGUUUUGUUCACCGUUGUGAAAUCUGAAGCUUUUACUUAGGACUUGUCUAAUGGGGUAUGUGAAGUUCUUUGCUAUAGUGUUUCUUUCAUGGUUUUUCUGUAUUUCAAGUACCCAUCAAUUACAGUCCUAUCAAACUCAAGUUCUUCUGCAACUAAGGAAGCAUUUGGAGUACCCUUUACAGUUGCAAAUUUGGGAAAAUUACAAUGGGGAUUUGUGUAAUGUGUUGCCAACUCCACGUUUGAGCAUCACAUGCGAGGACGACUUCAUCACAGAGCUCAAAAUUAUGGGAGAUAAGCUUGGCAAGGUUAGUGAAUUCAAUGGAUUUGCAGUUCCCAAUCAAACUUUAUCUCAGAGUUUCUCUAUUGAUUCUUUUGUAGUAACAUUGACAAGGUUAACUAGCUUAAGGGUUAUUAGUUUAGUGUCUUUGGGUAUUUGGGGACCACUUCCUGAAAAAAUUCAUAGGUUAUCUUCACUUGAACUUCUGGAUAUGAGUUCAAAUUUUAUUUUUGGUGCCAUUCCACCUCAGUUAUCUAGACUGGUGAAGCUUCACACUUUGACAUUAGACAGCAAUUUUUUCAAUGACACUGCCCCUAACUGGUUGGAUUCGUUGUCGAAUCUCACAAUUUUGAGCUUGAAGAACAAUCAGUUGAAGGGUCAUUUUCCUUCUUCAUUAUGCAAAAUUACAAAACUCACUGACAUUGCCUUGUCUCACAAUGAGCUUUCUGGUAAAUUGCCCGAUUUGAGUACCUUAACUAGUCUACAUUUAUUGGAUUUAAGAGAGAACCAUUUGGAUUCUGAAUUACCACUCAUGCCCGAAGGAUUGGCUACUGUUCUUUUGAGCAAGAACUCAUUCUCGGGUAAGAUUCCUGAACAAUUUGGCAAGCUAAACCAGCUUCAACACCUUGAUCUGUCAUUCAAUCAUCUGAGAGAAACACCACCUUCUGCAUUAUUCUCUUUGCCAAACAUCAGUUAUUUGAAUUUAGCAUCCAAUAGGCUGAGUGGGACACUUUCCAACCAUCUGAGCUGUGGGGCCGAACUUGGGUAUGUCGAUAUUUCUUCGAACAGGUUGAUUGGUGCACUUCCUCCUUGCUUGCUCAGUUCUCAUGAUAACAGAGUAGUUAAGUUUGGUGGGAAUUGCUUGUCCAUUGAUACUCAACAUCAACAUCAAGAGUCAUAUUGCAACGAAGGCAAUACAAGGAGGAAAGGAAAAGAUAUAGGGGUCUUAGUCGGUGUCAUUGGGGGAACUGUUAUUCUUCUGAUACUCUUGGCUUUUGGGCUUCUCAUUUUGUAUAGAAAAAACUUUUCUCAAGGAAUAUUGGAGCAGCGUUCAUCGCAAAAGGUUGUUCAAGAUAAUUCACAAUCAGGGAUUUCUUCCGAGCUCCUUGCAAAUGCCAGGCUCAUUUCUCAAGCAGUGAAAUUUGGGGCACAAAGUGCUCCAGCAUACCGAUUGUUUUCAUUAGAAGAGUUGGGUGAUGCCACAAACAAUUUUGAUCAAUCAACAUUCUUGGGUGAAGGCUCCAUUGGCAAGCUUUACAAGGGAAGAUUAGAGAAUGGGACCUAUGUUGCCAUACGAUCUCUGACUUUGUUUAAAAAAUAUUCAAUUCAAAACCUGAAACAACGGUUGGAUUUGCUCUCAAAGCUUCGCCAUCCACAUCUGGUUAGUCUUUUGGGUCAUUGCAUUGAUGGUGGUGUACAAGAUUCUACUGCCAAUAGGGUCUUCCUUAUACAUGAAUAUAUGCCCAAUGGGAAUUUUCGUACUCACCUCUCAGCUGCAGAAAAUUGUCCAGAUAAGGUUCUUAAAUGGUCGGAUAGAUUGGCGGUCCUAAUCGGUGUUGCCAAGGCUGUGCACUUUCUACAUACUGGGGUAAUUCCUGCUUCUUUCAGCAACCGAUUGAAGACAAAUAACAUAUUGCUUGAUGAGCAUCGGAUUGCUAAGCUGAGCGAUUAUGGAAUGUCCAUCAUCACAGAAGAAAGUGAAAAACUUGAGGCAAAGGGAGAUGGCCCUAAAUCGUGGCAUAUGACAAAGUUAGCGGAUGAUGUAUAUAACUUUGGUUUCGUAUUACUUGAAUCACUUGUGGGGCCUUCAGUAAGUGGAAAAGGAGAAGCAUUUUUGCUAAAUGAAAUGACAUCAUUCGGUAGCCAGGAUGGUCGUCAACGAAUUGUGGAUCCAAUCGUGCUAACGACUAGUUCACAAGAGUCCUUAUCAAUUGUGAUAUCCAUCACCAACAAAUGCAUAUUGCCAGAGUCAUCUUCUCGUCCCUCUUUCGAGGAUGUCCUUUGGAACUUGCAAUAUGCUGCUCAAGUGCAGGCCACGGCUGAUGCUGAUCAAAAAUCAGAUUCUACAUCACGGUCGUAACUUCACAAAGACAGAAUGACAUAUUAGCUACAAGUACAUUCCUUCUUAUUGCAGCCAUGAAAUCCGUUGACGCGCCCAUAAUUUAGCUGUCAGCAGCCUGUCCUCAUUUUGUACUGCUUAUUGUGUACAAUUGUAAAUGUCAUUUUUUGAUUUUAAUCUCUUUAACUUGAAUGUAGAUGACAAUAUGGAUUAGAGUUUCCUCAGAUACAUUUCUCCCACAAUAUGUUUGAAGACAUUAGGGAAAGUAAAUGUGAAAGGAUUGACUAGUUUUACGUGAGCUCA